AAUAGACCAUUGUACUGUUCCAUUCUGCAAAUAAUGGGUCUGUGCUCGAGGGAGAUGAAAACUCACAUUUGGGAGCGAUUUAAGGAAUAAAAGUCAGACUGGGACAUUCAGUGGGAACACUCCUACAAGAAGGGGGAGGGGAGGUGUUUUUGUAGCGGGGUGGUUUCACCCAAACAGGAGAGCAAGGGUUAAUAAUCCCUCGUUUCUCGUGCACCUUGGUGGCAGCAGUCUGCGAUAUUUCCAGUAUGCUUGAUCACAACCUGGGGGCAGCUCUCUUCCAACCGAGUGGGAUUUUCUUUGACUGAGCUACAAGUUUUUUUCCCCAUUUUUGAAAUCUUUCUUUUUGGUUCACAGCAUCUGACGGAUGUUCAACAGUUAUUGGAACAGAUUUUAUUCUCACAGCAGUAAAACUAGGAUUGAAUUAGGCCGAGGCGAGGGAGGGGAGAGACUGCCCCUCGCACGAGAUCACUCGUGUAAAAUGUGAGGUAUGUGCACAGCGUCCUGCUGCACGAGCUGCCUCAGUCCCGCUGACAACGUGAGGCUGCUUCACCUUGGAGUCUGAAAUCUGAAUGACUAUGGAUGACACGAUGAACUUCAAGGUCCAGUGCAUUUUAGUGUUCUUCGCUUUCUGCAUGCAAGAGGGAUUAUCAAAGGAUUAUGAAGCAAACCUUGGAGCAGAUUAUCUUCUACAGAGAGUCAGACGUCAAAGCAAACCAGCAAAGGCAGUGCUGAAGGUGACUGACUACCAUGUGAGGUGUUCGGUGGUGUCCCGCUAUGCUAUUACCACCGUCCAGAGUUCAGUAUGGAACCAGCUGCCCAUCACCAAGGAGGCGGCCUUUGAGGUGGACCUUCCCUCCUCUGCUUUCAUCUCCAACUUCACCAUCACUUCUAAUGGCAAAGUGUACGUGGCCCAGGUGAAGGAAAGAGCCGCUGCCAGGAAAAUGUACGAUGCCGCUAAGAAGCAAGGAAAAACAGCUGGCCUUGUUGCUACCAAAGAAAGGGAGAUUGAAAAGUUUCGCGUGGCCGUGAGCGUGCCGCCGGGAGCCCUGAUGUCCUUCUCCCUGUCCUACGAGGAGCUGUUGCCUCGGCGACUCGGCCGCUAUGAACUCAGUUUGGGUUUGAGGCCCGGGCAGCCUGUGCAGAACCUCACGUUGGAGGUCAGCAUAACCGAGCGGACGGGCAUCAGUUUCAUCAAGGCCUUUCCGCUCAAGACCAGCCGACUGAUCUCCAACACUGCUCAGGGUGAUGCAGACCCCCCCGCCUCCACUCACGUUGAGCACAGCGCCGGCUGUGCUCGGGUUCGCUACAGUCCCACCAUACAGCAGCAGAAUAGCAUCUCCUCCAAAGGUCUUAACGCAGACUUCAUCAUCCAGUACGAUGUGGACCUCAGAGACCCCCUGGGGGAAGUCCAGGUGUAUGAUGGCUACUUUGUGCAUUACUUUGCACCCAGAGGGCUUCCUGUGGUUCCAAAGGACGUUAUAUUUGUCAUUGAUGUCAGUGGCUCAAUGAUAGGAACUAAGAUAAAACAGACCAAGCAGGCAAUGAGCAUCAUUCUCGGGGACCUUAGAGAGGGAGACCACUUUAAUAUCAUCACCUUCUCAGACAAGGUUUACACCUGGAAGAAAGGACGGACGGUCCGGGCGACUCGGCAGAAUGUACGCGAUGCCAAAGACUUCGUGAAGAGGAUUAUCGCAGAGGGAUGGACCAACAUCAAUGCAGCUCUGCUGUCAGCCGCGCUGCUCGUCAACCCUCCCUCCUCCGCCUCCCCCAAUCACCUUCCAUCCCCUCGUGUCCCUCUGGUGAUUUUCCUUACUGAUGGGGAGGCAACCAUUGGAGUAACAGCUGGCGACACCAUCCUCAGCAACGCCAAGAAAGCUUUGGGCUCCUCCUCUCUGUUCGGCCUGGCCUUUGGAGACGAUGCGGACUUCCUCCUCCUGAAACGCCUGGCUCUGGACAACCGCGGCGUGGCGAGAAUGGUGUACGAGGACGCAGACGCAGCCCUGCAGCUGAAGGGUUUCUUUGACGAAGUGGCCAGCCCUUUGCUAUCGGACAUCCAGCUGUCGUAUCUGGACGAUCAGGCGUUCGACAUCACGCACGCCCUGUUCCCAAAUUACUUCCAAGGCUCGGAGUUGGUGGUGGCUGGGAGGGUCAAACCAGGGGUCAAGGACUUAAAGGUGUCGAUGUCUGCCACGGACGUAACGCAGCGUGUCAAUUUGGAGAAUGAUGUGUUGGUUUCUCACGCCAAGAGGAAUGGGAGUGCAGAAUCACUCGAAUGUCCGGGAGGUUUGGAAGGAAUAUCCAGUUUUGUGCGCCGUCUCUGGGCGUAUUUCACCAUCAAAGAGCUUUUAUUGGCCAAACUUAAUGCUACCGACCCUGCGACUCAAAGGUUGCUGGCAGACAAGGCCACCAACCUGUCCCUCAAGUAUAACUUCGUAACACCUGUCACGUCUUUAGUUGUAGUUAAGCCAGACGCAGAAACUCCAACCACCGCAAAACCUGCCACUGCAGCAACUGUGACCACAACAGGGACAACUACCGCCACCAGCAAAAUAUUAGCUGCUGGUCAUGCAAAGUCCAUUUCAGCUUCUAACCCCAAUUCUGGAAAAAACAAACCAGACCCUCCUCGGGCACCUCCAAAGCGGGCUAAGAAAAUCUCAGGACCAACGUCCACGGCAAAGACAGCACCGUCUAGGAAAACCACGACUUCGAGUCCCAGCUCUGUCAAGACGGCCCCAGCUCCUUUCUCGGGUAAAAAGCCCACUCCUUCCCACAACGACACCAGAACUGUCUCUCCUCCCCCCCACCCUCCCGUCGGCAAGACACCGCUGAAAGCUCUCAAAACGGCGGCGCCCCCUGCACCUGGGAAGGUCUCCACCCAGCAGCCCAAAGCCUUCAAAACCACCACGGCCAGCGCAGCGACAGCGUUCACCACCAGCACCGCGCCGGCCCUCGGCUUGUUCGGAACCGACCCAGCGCUCCCGCCCGGGAAACCUCUCAGGCCUGACCUGCCUCCUGUCAGAGGGGCCGCGCCCGACCUGCCGCAGGCGGCAAACCCUCCCACACCUGCUCCAGAUGUGGGGGAAGUCAGCAGCGCCCUGCCCGAGCUGUCGCCUCCGCUCACCUCCCCCGCGCCGGCUGCAGCUCCGGCUGCGGACGACAACAGGACAGACGCGAGCAUCGCAACCUUCGUGUCGGCCACCUUUGCCCCCAUGCCCGGCGUGACAGAUGGGCCGCGGCUGUGGGAAGCAGCCGGGCUUCUGGAUGUCUCUACCUUCAUUCAGAGAAAAGAUAUCGACCUUGUGAAAGACUAUGAUGCAACCUAUGACUACGACUACGAUCUCAACUACGAUGCCUGGGAUGAUACUGAAGACUCAUCAUUUGACAGUUCUCCCUCCGGAUUGAGCACCAUUCGGGUCUUCUCCUCAUCAGUUGAUGGAGAUCCUCAUUUUGUGGUCCAGCUACCAAAGCUGCACCAGAACCUGUGUUUCACAGUAGACGGCAGAGCGAAUGACGUUCUUAGACUGAUCGAGGAACCUGAGAGAGGCAUCAUUGUAGACGGCCACCUGAUGGGGGCUCCACCCAAGCGCGGCGCAGAGUUACGCCCCCGAACUUACUUUGACCGGCUGACUAUUUCCUCAGCCGCGGGGGGCUCUGGUGAGGUCAUGAUCAGCCUCUCACUGGACGCCGUGGUGGUGGAAGGGGAAGGGCGGGACAUUCUUCCCAUCAAUCAGCAAGGGUCCGUGGCGAGGCGGGGAGCGACGGUCACCGUGGACAACCACCGGAGCUGCUGGAUCGAGCUGAACAAGGGUGUGAAGUUCCUGGUUAUGUUCCACCAGUACGAUCACCCCAGCUACCUGCAGAUGGCUCACCUGGGUUUCUACAUCACAGACGGGCGGGGGUUGUCCGCUUCGACCCAAGGCCUGCUGGGCCAGUUUCAGCACGCUGACAUUAGUGUAACGCCGGUGAAAGAUUAUCUGGGUGGCGGCGCGCACAAUCAGGCAAUUUCAGCUCUGGGACUCCUGAGGUGGGGAUCAGAGGAAAUUCCGGUCACCUUGCAGGACAAGACGCUGAAAGACACGCUGCGGAAACACCACGUGGGCAAGUGUUGGGUGGUGCCCAAGGCGGAGGUGGAGAGACUACUGGGACACCCGUACGAGAGCUACGUGGUGGAUGGUGUGUAAUUCUACCUGAGUCCGCUCCGCCUCCUCACAGCUCAGCUCAGGUCACGGCAGUUGUCAUGGCAUGGUUAUUGGACACGGGAUGAGCAGGAAUUGGGGCUGCGUGGGGCUAAAAAUGACACGGCGCCUCUCGUUGUGUAAUAUUGUGUUAGGAGCGAUGCAACAGGUGUGGUUACAAAAGAGCCGGAGAGGGAAUAACGUUUUAUAAGAGUAGUGAGGGAGCAUGGGUGCAGGAAUAUAAUGAAGGACUCAAUGAUGCUGUUGUGCAUUAGGCGGAUUUGGUUUUGGAUUCAAACGCUGCGUUCUGUAUCUAUGACAGUGGUUGCAUGGCAACCACAAAAUAUCCAUUUGCGCUGCAGCAGUUUGUUCCCGCUCCAAAAUGUGUUGCUCACUGACUCUUAAAAGAUGUUUAUUAGAUUAUUGUCAUAUUUCAUCCUGAAAUGAUUAUUAAACAAAUUCUUGUAAUUGGGUGGGUUGUAUUGUGCUAUUGUGUAUGAAAUAUUAUUGUAUGUACAUACUCAUCCCACAAAUCUCACCUGGAUAUUUCAAUUGAAUCGUCAAGAGGAUACAAACAAAAUCAGGGUUUUUCUCCAGUUUUGCCAUGUGCUUUUUAUUUUUCUAUCAUUUCAUUCAUAGUUUAAUUCAUUUUAUUUGUUACACAAGACAUUAGGCAUUGCUCACAAACUAGUGAUCAAACAAGGACAGUAAGUUUUCUACUACUUAGCCUGAACUAUUUCUUUUGUCAAUUUCAAGGGAUAUUCAAGUCAAUAGUGGUUUCCAAAUAUGCCAAACUGGAUGAAAAUUAAAACAGUACAACCACA